UGAUCCACACUCCAUUACUGCGUUUGGUUCCAUUACACCAUACACUAACUCCCAUGUCUUCUUGAAAUCGAUAUAAAAGAAAGAGGGAGCACCAAAGUGAGCGCCACCAACCGCUUCAUAGCCUUACCAUCACCCCUGCUCUAAAAACAAUGAGAGCACAAUUGUUCUUCGUCUUUAUUCACUUCACCAUCCUCACUACCAACAUCAUUUUAGUCACUUCCCAGUCAUCUUCAUUAGCAGAAACACCGCUAAAAAAGGUUGAUAAUGAGACCAUUUACAAGGUCUCCAAGCAACUCUGUUGGGGUUGCUUAGGAGAGUCACUACAAUUCUUGUUUGCGCAUAAUUUAGUAAGGGCAGCCAAAUGGGAGCUACCCUUGAUGUGGGACUUUCAGCUUGAAAAAUAUGCAGGAUGGUGGGCUGGCCUAAGAAAAGCAGACUGCAAACUGCAACAUUCGUUUCCAGAAUAUGAUUUCAAGCUAGGAGAAAAUAUUUAUUGGGGGAGUGGCUCCACAUGGACACCAACCGAUGCAGUGGGUACCUGGGCUGGUGAAGAGAAGUACUAUAAUUAUGCACAAAACACAUGUCAGGAGGGUCAAAUGUGCGGACACUAUACACAGAUUGUGUGGAAGACUACGAGGAGAAUUGGGUGUGCUCGUGUUGUCUGUGAUGAUGGGGAUGUGUUUAUGACUUGUAACUAUGAUCCUCCUGGUAAUUAUGUUGGUGAAAGGCCAUAUUAACGCAUACCAUAAUAAAUCUAGUAGGGUGCGGUGCUCGGAGCCUGAAAUUAUCAGGAUUGGAUGAUGCAUGAUCAGUACAGGAUUGCUUCCUAAGUAUUUUCGUGCUCAAUAUGAUUACCAUACUUGUAUAUAUGAGAGAAGCCUGCGAGUUCCACUCAUGCUCUAAUUAUUGGAGAAUAUGAGAAGCGUCUUUGCAGAAAGUCUGGUACAAGGUUUGUCGCACGUCAUAAAAAAUCAGCGCGGCAUCGGCUGGCGAUUUUAUCUUUUGUUAUGCGUUUGCUUGGUUCGUUGGAGUCGCCACCUAGUAUUUAAUUAAGGGCUACUAGGAAACCCGGGUGUACUGGUCUCGUCAGAGAUUCACGGGUAAGGGACUGGUUGUGGUUAGGAAAGGUAUUAGCACCCCUAACACACCCUACCUGAGGUAAGCUGCUUCGUGGACUUAAUGCGUUUUAAAAAUAAAAUUUUAGCCCAAUUCUAAGGCUUUGAUAAAUCAGUUAUUCGUUCCCAAAAUAUAUGUAGAUGCAUGUUCUACAUUUUUAUGGGAAAUACAACAUGAUUUUUAUCUGUCCUUUA